AUGGCCGUGCAUCGGCUGUUCCUCCGCACCACCACCACGACGAGUACGAAGAGUGUUAGAGGCAGGCAAAAAGGAAAACUUAUUGGACGUGGUACUUUUAGAAGUGUUUAUAUUGCAACCAACAGGGAAACUGGAGCUUUUUGUACAAUGAAGGAGGUUGAUAUCAUCCCUGAUGACCCUAAGUCUGCUGAAUGUAUAAAGCAGUUGGAGCAGGAAAUUAGAAUUCUCCAACACUUAAAGCAUCCAAAUAUAGUACAGUAUUAUGGAAGUGAAGUGGUUUAUGAUCAUUUUCACAUAUAUCUGGAGUAUGUUCAUCCCAGAUAUAUUAAUAAAUAUUAUUGUGACCAUUUUGGAGCUAUAAUGAUAGUUCACAAUUUCACCCGACAUAUUCUCUCUGGGCUGGCUUACCUGCAUGGCACAAAGACAAUCCAUCGGGAUAUUAAAGGCACAAAUUUGCUUGUUGAUGCAUCUGGCGUUGUAAAGCUUGCAGACUUUGGGAUGGCAAAACAUGUGAGGUUUGAGAUUCUUUAACACUAUGUAGUAAUGAAUAUUAGUUUUGUUUGAUCUAUUGUAAUUUGAGAGUAUGCUUCUCUAACA